UCCCGGAAGAAGUUUCGAUUUCGUUUGGGACAGUGUCUUGUCCAGUACCUUGUGGAGUAAAGUAGUUAGAAUAAUCGUGCCCUAACUGCCAGGAGUAUGUUUUAACAUACCAACUGUAGCGCAACAGGUGCAAAUAGGAUUGCUAGAGUACGAUAUUACAUAUUCUUUUGAAGUAUUGCUUAACUUUAUUCGUCGAUCUUGAUUACCCUGAGAACACCAUGAAGCUUGGCCGAGUGGUUGUCGUGGGCGCUGGUCCCAGUGGAUGUUAUGCUGCCACCAGACUUGCACAGAGUCAAUUGUUUGAGGCAGUACACGUGUACGAGAAACAGGAGACUGUUAACCCAACCACAGCUAUUGGGAGAAACAUCAAUAUUACUCUGUGUAAAAGAGGAAUUGAUGCUUUGAAAAUACUAGGUAACAUGCCUUCUGCAGAACUCCCAGCAGCUAGUUUGAAACACUUCUCCAUUCACACCAAUCAAGGCACAUUUCAACAUGCAUAUGGAGGUGAAGGCCUUUUGUCAGUGAAAAGAAAUGAUUUGUACCAGUACCUAAAAAUGAAAGCUGAAACAGCAGGUGCAAUUUUUCAUUUUGGUCAUACUUUGGAGUCGGUAUCCCCAGCAAAGGAAAAUGGUAGCAGUCUCACUAUUUUUUAUGAUAAAAAUGGUCACACCAUUUCAGAGCCUGCAGCAUUGGUGAUAGGGGCAGAUGGUGUUCAUUCAUCAACCAGAAAAUUUUUGUUUGAGAAAAUUGUGUCAACAAAAUAUAGAUCUUGUGAUUCACUGCAAGUUGACAGCCAACAGCACCCAGGAUCCUGCAUUAUCCAAGAACACCCUCUUGGAUACAGAGAAAUCACCAUACCUGCUGAUGUCCUGUCACGCUAUAGUCAUAGUCUGCCACAAGAUACCUUUCACAUAUGGGGAAGCCAAGAGUUUGUUGUAUUGGGUCUGCCAUCACCUGAUGGGACUAUGACAUUAGGAAUAUAUAUGAAGAAGGACCAGCUGCUUGUUAAAUCCAUGAAGGACAUUGUGAAGGCCAUGCAGUCCAACUUUUCAGAUUUGAAGGAAUUGCUGUCAGAAAUCCCAGACUUACAUAGUUCAGGGCGGGUUGGAAGUUUGACUACAGUGUCAUCAGCAUUCUAUAGUUUAGGAAACAUUGCUCUUAUUGGAGAUUCUGCUCAUGCCAUGCUGCCAUUCCUGGGUCAGGGACUGAACUCUGGUUUGGAAGAUGUCUGCAUUCUCCUGGAUGCUCUGAAGAGAAGUCAAACACCACUUGGUCUUUCUAGUGAUACCUUGUUAAGAAUACUUGAAGACUUCUCAACAAAGCGCAAGAAAGAUGUGGAUAUCAUAUUAGCGGAGAGUCUGGCAGAAUAUGAAAAAUGGCGUACUCUUAGUUCGGUUGACUUGAGCCAUGGAUUUCAAUAUCAAAUCCAAAUGAGUAGUUUCUUUGAAAAAAUUAGCUCCAGCACAGUGAGUUAUUCGGAGGCAUGGAGAGUGACAAAAGAAGAAUCUCCUCCUGUUAAAGGGAUUGGUGAAUAUGUUCACAAAGGAGAGACAUUAGCAGUGUAUGAGGCUGUAAAAACUGUGAUUGCCAUACGCUCCCCAUGUGAUGGUAUGAUCAGUGACAUAAGUUUUGGACCUGCUGGUGAGCCUGUAUACAAAGUCAAGACUAUAGAGUCUGAAAAAGAUCCAGGUGUGUCACGGCCAGUCUUCCAGUCAUCUGUAAGGGUAGAACAAGAUUUGUCCCCCAAUUCUACAAGCGAUAGUCAUUUGGUGGUGAGCAGCCAGGAAGACAAAGAGGUUUUAUUUGAUGAGAAAUUAUACUUUGAACACUUAAAGACCAGUUACAUUGGGAAAAAAUUAACAUACAUGAAAACUACUGGCUCUACAAUGGAUGAUGCCAAAUCUGGGGCACAUAAUGGCUGUGCAUCAGGCACUGCAUAUAUGUCAGAAGCUAUGACAGCUGGCAGAGGACGCCGAGGGCGAACCUGGAAAUCACCACCUGUGGGGAAUAUUUAUGUUACAGUUGUGCUGCGUGUUCCCAUUGCUGAAGGCUUGACUAAAAUUCAGUUUGCUGCUGCAGUUGCUGUCCUGAGAGCUGCCCAUUUAGAAGGAAUACUGGACGCCAAAGUGAAAUGGCCAAAUGACGUCUGGGUGAAGGGCCAUAAAAUGGCUGGUACUCUGGUGGAGGCUGAAGGUGAAGCUUCCAGUGAAGAGAAACAAACACCUGGAGAAAAAAACCUUUCCACAUUUUAUUUAGGAAUGGGAGUAAAUGUGAAUGCCGACAUUCGCCGUGAUGCUGACAUGAGAACCCAAGCUACUAGUAUGGCCAAUGAAGUUGGAGAUAUUGUUUCCAGGGAAAAGGUUCUUGCCAAUAUUUUGGAAAAUUUAGAGUCUUUGUUAUCAAUGGAAUUUGCUGACAUUUUGAAGGAGUUUAAGGAGUUUCACGUUGUAAAGAAAUCAGCAGAAAUGGUAAUCUACCCAAAAGAUGGCAAAGAGUAUCCAGCAAUUUAUGAUGACAUUACAAUGGAUGGCAAGUUGCAUGUACAAAGAUUGGAUUCCAAAGAACCUGUCAUAGUUAGUGACACAGCUACAUCUGUGCGCCCAGAACCAAAGUCUGUCAUAUAUGUCUAUGAUGGAGAAGGUUGUGCUAACCAAAGUGUCCAAAUGCUUAACAUCUGGUUGGAGACUAUGGUAGACACAACAAAGUACAAAAUUAAAAGGAUUUCUUCAGAGGAAACAAAAACAGGCAAAUGGAGAGAAUCCUGUGCUCUGUUUGCUGUUGGAGGAGGCUACGAUAUGGGCUACAUAAAUGCCUUGCAGGAGGAUGGCCUGCUGAUGAUAAAGGAGUAUGUACACAGUGGUGGAGCAUACCUAGGCAUAUGUGCCGGUGCCUACCUGGGCUGCUCAGAUAUUGAGUUUGACAAAGGCGGACCACUGGAAGUAUGUGGCAGAAGGCAGCUAGAGUUCUUUCAAGGGAAGUGUAUUGGUCCAGUGUAUCAAGGAUUCCAGUACAACAGUGAGGCAGGGGCACGUGCAGCUUGCAUUAAACUGCAGGACGAUGCCUCUUUUGGCAUUCCUUUACGUGAAAAAAUGUCAAAAACUUUGACAGCACAGGUCUACUUUAACGGAGGAGGAACAUUUAUCCCAGACAAGAAAAACCAAGAAAGUUGUGUUGUAGCCAGGUAUGAAGAUACCCAAAAUGCUGAAGAAUCUGCGGCCAUUAUUAGCUGCAGGGCUGGUGCAGGAGUGGCUGUUUUGAGUAGCGUCCAUUUUGAGUAUUUAGCGGAAGAUUUGGAUUCAUCUGAUGAGUACCUGAAGACAGUUGUUCCAAAGUUAAGAGAAACAUUGCACAGAAGAGAUUUUAUUUGUAGUAGGAUCCUCCAGAUUUUGAGGUUGUAAUAUAUACAUACACAUACCUGCCAUUCAAAUGGAUUUUUGAUAUUCGUUUGCACAACUUUUAAUUUUGGCUAAACUUUCUGAAUUUUUUUGUGUUAUAUUUUUAGGUCAUAUGUAGGUAAGUGGGUGAAACUUAUAUGAUUUUUUAAUCUUUUAGACUGCAUUCCCACAGAUUUAGAUCGCUCCAUCUGGAUCGACCUAACUCC